AUGCCCCGACCACCAAACCGUAUCUCUUGCAAUGCCCUGACCACCAAACCAUAUCUCUCGCAAUGCUCUGACCACCAAACCGUAUCUCUCGCCAUGUCCCGACCACCAAACCGUAUCUCUCGCCAUGCCCCAACCACCAAACCAUAUCUCUCGCCAUUCCCCGACCACCAAACCAUAUCUCUUGCCAUGCCCCGACCAUAA